GGCCAUCUUGGUGGAGGCUAAAAGGGGAAGUGACACAGAUAUCACUUCCUUUUCUUUCGAUCCAAAAAAAGAUGAAUAUAACAACGCUCUGCUAAAAGGUUACAGUAAUUAUCCUCUGAGGCUGAUCACUAACAGGACAUAUCUCCGGCUGUUCAGUGUACGGUGUUGGUGGAAAGUAGAGAAGUUUGUCUGAAAGUUGAACACUGAGGAGACAUGAAGGCUGUGAUUGGACUGCUGUUGAUACUCGGAGUCUCUCAUGGUCUGGAACACUGUGACGGCAGACAGGAUGGAGCUCAAUGUUUUGGUCCUUUGGGAGGAACUGUGGUCCUCCAGCUGAUGGACAGGGCCUUAGUAACAGAAAGAUACAAAUUGUACAAAUCGUCAACAAUAAUAUUUAAUGUGAUAAACAAUAACAUGGUGGGUCCUGCGAUACAAAACAGAUCAUCAUUUAAUCACAGUGAUGGAACAUUUAGGUUGAACGACCUCAGCAGGAAUGACAGUGAUGAAUAUAAACUUGAAGUUUACUUCAGUAACGGCAGCUUAAAAACUGAUCGCACUCUACGAUUGACCAUUCAAGCUCCUGUGUCCUCUGUCCGGCUGGCCUCUGAGUGUCUGUCCCAGGGAGAGAAGAGGGUCUCCUGCUCCUCUGGGGGAGGGGACAGUCCUCAGUACAACUGGACUCUGGGUGGACUCUCACUGACAGACACUGAGCUCCUCUCUGUAAAUAGUACUGAGACUAACAGCAUCACUCUGAAACAACACGUCUCUGGAAUAGUGGCCUGCUCAGUCAAGAAUAACGUCAGCCUGGGGUCUCACAAAGAGGAGAUAUCUAACUGUGGCUUCAUAUUCAUUAACUGCACCACAAAUGGGACACAUAUAUCACAGUGGGUGUUUGCAGCCAACACUACGCUGUGUGUUGAACCAACAACAACAUUUCCUACCACCACCACCCCAGAUCCCUCCACUGCGGGUAAGGAGAGUACAGUGUCAAAUAACCCCUGCACUAACAUCACAUCCUGGAAUCAAACUGUGACCCCCCUCUCUGAAGAUGACCCAUGGUACAUUAUUGAAACAGGAAACUGGCCAAUAAUGGCCGGUGUUCUCUCUGCACUGGUUCUUCUGUUGGUGGUCGGGGUGGCUGUCGUCUGUGCUCAGAGAAAAAAAACAAGCAACCAGCCCACAGAUGAAGAUGAACAGGAGUUGACCUAUGCUGUUGUCAAGAUCAAGCAGCGGUCGGGGCGGCAGGUCCAGCAGAGGGCCGAGCCGGAGGUGGAGUACGGCCAGGUCAAGUUCUCAGAGCGACCUCGGCCGACUGCUGAUCCCACAGGAGAGGAAUGUGUGUACGCCAAGGUGCAAAGAGGCAGGUGAUUCCCAGAGUUCAGUCAUUUGACAAAGACUGCACCGUUAAAGGCAGGUGAAGGGUCUCUUUGUCUAGAUCCUCCUCGUCCUGUCAUCAGAACGGCAACAGGGUCACAGCAGAGCACAGUUACACUUUUUCAUUCACUUUGACUCUGUAAAUCUAUCGCUUCAUAUUAUUGAUUUCUGUUUCUAUUUGUAUUAAAAACAAAUAUCCUGCAAUAAUAUAUAUAUAUAUAAUACUUAUAAUAUUAAUAAUGAUAUUCCUUUAUUUCUUCAGAAUAAAUAAAUUAUACACCUAAUGAUGUUUUGACAAGAUACAGGUCAACAUUUUGCUGUGAUGUGUUUCUCUAGUAGGGACCUCCGCCAGAAGCUUGUUUAAAGUUGAAAUACAUUAAUAGGAUGCGGGUUCUUUUAAUGUAAAUACAAAUGUUCUUUUCAUUCAUAGAUAUUAUUAUUAUAGUUAUGCUUUUGUGGUUUAUUUAAAAUUCCUUGUUUGAUUUCAAAAGCAUUUUAAUUGUUGUUUUAUAUAACAUUAUCCAAUAUUAAAAUCAUAUUUGCGUUAUGUUUAUGCUUGUUUCUAAUUCAUGAAGAUGUUCACUUUUUUAAUACAUUGUUGAGCCACUGUACAUUUAAAAUAAUGCUAAUAUAAUUUUGCCUUUACAAUGCAUUUAGUUAUACAGUAUAACCCUGCAAUAAGUGGCAGACAAGCGCACCGCUCGGAAUAACCACUUCCUCAUUUGCACACAUUAUGGCAAUGACUGCUCAUUUUUGCUGAAAAACUGUCUUUCUCGAAGGAAGAAAGAACAUUUGUCAUCAAUAAAUUAUUACAUUACAUCUUA